UGAACCAGAGAUCCUGUUAUGGCCCCAGCUGUGUGUUGUCUCAGUAUUGAUCUCUCACUAUACGUAUACUUUAACAUUAAUUAAUUUGGAGCAGUACAUCUACAGAACUGGCAGCUUGACCAGAACCAGAACACCACCACAGGUGAGACCAGCUGGAGGUACUCAGGUGGGCAUAAAGCACCUCCCAGGGUGUCAGUAAGGGGGGAGUGUGCAAAUAGAGGCCUGGUGAGGCUCUGUGAGUGUGGUCUCAGCUGGGCAAGGCUGAGAGACCACGAGGCUGGGAGAUAUUCUGACCGUGCUGCAGCCUGAGGAUUGGUGGACUAUUGACCUGAGAAAGCCACACCUGAAACAGUGUGUGAACUGUGAUGUAUACUGCAGGUAAAGACUGGAUAAAAGUCUCCCAAGGUCAUCUAAUUCCAUCUCCUUCUUAUGAAAUAGAAAGUAAUCAAUAAUAGAACCGGGCUUAAUCUGGGUGAGAUGUCUGCAAAUUCUGACUAUGGGAAUGAUUUUAAAAAUAAUGCUAAUCUUUCUGUGCACAAUGAAAUUCAGAAAGAUGAACGGUCAUGUUCUGAAAGAGAGAAAACUUUUAAUGUGCUAUCAAGUGUUGCUGACAAUCAGACAAAUGACACAGGAGAGAAGCCAUAUUCAUGUUCAGAAUGUGAAAAGUGUUUUCGUCAGAAAUCACAUCUUGUUGAACACCAGAAAACUCACACAAGGGAGAAGCCAUUUUCAUGUUUAGAAUGUGGGAAAUGUUUUAGUCGGAAAGCAAAUCUUGUUGAACAUCAGAAAACUCACACAGGAGAGAAGCCAUUUUCAUGUUCGGAAUGUGGGAAGAGGUUUAGGAGUCAACAUUAUCUUAAGAUACACCUGAGAACUCAUACUGGGGAGCAGCAAUAUUCAUGUUCAGAAUGUGGGAAAUGUUCUAGUGAUAAAUCAAGUCUUCUGAUACAUCAGAGAAUUCACACAGGAGAGAAUCCAUAUUCAUGUUCAGAAUGUGAGAAGUGUUUUCGCCAGAAAGCACAUCUUGUGAGACAUCAGAGAAUUCACACAGGGGAGAAGCCAUUUUCAUGUUUAGAAUGUGGGAAAUGUUUUAGUCGGAAAUCACAUCUUGUUGAACAUCAAAAAACUCACACAGGAGAGAAGCCAUUUUCAUGUUCGGAAUGUGGGAAAUGUUUUAGUAACAAAUCAAUUCUUGAGGUGCAUCAGAGAAUUCAUACCGGGGUUAAGCCAUUUUCAUGCCCUGAAUGUGGGAAAUAUUUUAAUCAGAAAUCAGAUCUUGUGAAACAUCUGAAAAUUUACACCGGGGAGAAGCCAUUUCCAUGUCCUGAAUGUGAAAAGUGUUUUAAUUCGAAAGCACAGCUUGAUAUACAUCUGAGAACUCACACAGGAGAGAAGCCAUAUUCGUGUCCUGAAUGUGAGAAAUGUUUUAGUAAUAAAUCAAGUCUUGUGCAACAUCAAAGAAUUCACACAGGAGAGAAGCCAUAUUCGUGUCCCGAAUGUGAGAAAUGUUUUAGUAAUAAAUCAAGUCUUGUGCAACAUCAGAGAAUUCACACAGGAGAGAAGCCAUAUUCGUGUCCUGAAUGUGAGAAAUGUUUUAGUGAUAAAUCAAGUCUUGUGCAACAUCAAAGAAUUCACACAGGAGAGAAGCCAUUUUCUUGUCCCGAAUGUGAGAAGUGUUUUAAUAACAAAUCAAGACUUGUGGAACAUCAGAGAAUUCACACUGGAGAGAAGCCAUAUUCAUGUCAUGAAUGUGGGAAAUAUUUUAAUGAAAAAUCUAAUCUUGAUUCACAUCUGAGAAAUCACACAGUAGAGAAGCCAUUUUCAUGUCCAGAAUGUGAGAAGUGUUUUAGUGAGAAAUCACAUCUUGUUCGACAUCAGAAAACUCACACAGGAGAGAAGGGAUUUUCAUGCACUGAAUGUGGAAAGUGUUUUAGUGAGAAAUCAAGUUUUGUGAGACACCUGAGAAUUCACACAGAAGAGAAGCCUAUUUAAUAUACAGACUGUGGGAAAUGCUUUGGCUGUAAAUUAAAGGGGUUGUCCGGGCUUUUAACCCCUUCAUGUAUUAUGAUGUAACUGUACAGGUGAAACUCAAAAAAUUAGAUUUUCGUGCAAAAGUCCAUUCAUUUCAGUAAUGCAAAUUAAAA